UGUCCCAGUCCCAGCUGGGUCGGGACGGCUCGCGUGGCGUGGGGCAGCCGGGACCGGCCGCGGAAGGGGGCAGGCUCGCGCCACGGCUUGCAGCAGCGUUGGGGCUUUUCCCCCCUUCCCGUCGCGGGGCAGGCCGGGCUCGGUGGGUUUCCCUUGGGAGUCUGGGCUUCCUCCCCGCCGCCCCAUUGCGUGCCAGGAAGAGCAGCGAGAACUUUCCCCUGGGGGCGGCUUGUGUCCCAGGCUCGUCAUGCUGCGGACGGGAGGCGUUUAUGCCGGGAAAAAGAGGAAAAAGCCGGUGCAGAAAAGCCCGAAGCCACCACCUCCCGAGGGCGUACUGUCAAACCCCUCCAAGCGGCACCGGGACCGCCUCAAUCAGGAGCUGAACAAACUGACGAGCUUGCUGCCCUUCCCUGAGGAUGUCCAGGCCAGACUCGAUAAGCUUUCCGUCCUCCGGCUGAUUGUAGGAUACCUGAAAGUGAAGAACUACCUCAUGGCCACUGUGCCGAACCACGGCGGCCACGUAGCAGAUCAGCCUGGGACGCUUGGAGGGAAUGGACAGAUGAAUCUGCAGAUCAACGGGGAAACGUUCUCCGAAGGGGACAUGCUGCUCCAGGCACUAAAUGGAUUUGUCAUUGCAGUCACAGUAGAGGGUUAUGUUUUCUACGUAUCACCUACAGUUCAGGACUACCUGGGAUUUCAUCAGUCAGACAUCAUCUACCAGAGUGUGUUUGAGCUGAUCCACACGGACGAUCGAGCCAUGUUCCAGUGCCAGCUGCAUUGGUCCCUAAACCUGCCUCCAUACAAGGAACCGGAGCGAGGCACAACCGCCAUGCCUCAUGUAGACAGCAGCACCACCACCAUGGAUGACCCCCAGCACCUGCCACCUGAGAAUUCCUCCUUCUUAGAAAGAAGCUUCAUCUGUCGCUUCCGUUGCUUGUUGGACAACUCCUCGGGAUUCCUGGCCUUGAAUUUCCACGGCCGUUUGAAAUUCCUCCAUGGGCAGCAAAAGAGAACAGAAGAUGGGACCCUCAGGCCUCCCCAGCUGGCUCUGUUUGCCAUCGCAACUCCGCUCCAACCGCUUUCUAUCCUGGAGCUUCGAACCAAGACCUUCAUCUUCCAAACAAAACACAAGCUGGACUUUACCCCCGUGGCCUGUGAUUCAAGAGGUAAAGUUGUGCUGGGAUACACAGAAACUGAGCUCUGCAUGAGAGGCUCCGGGUACCAGUUUGUCCAUGCCGCAGACAUGAUGCACUGUGCAGAGAAUCAUGUGAAAAUUAUGAAAACCGGAGAGAGCGGAAUCACCGUUUUCAGGCUACUGACGAAGAAAGCAGGCUGGCUCUGGGUCCAAGCAAAUGCGAGACUGGUGUAUAAAGGAGGCCAACCGGACUGCAUCAUUUCCAGGCAGCGGGCCCUGUCGAAUGAAGAAGGAGAGGAGCAUUUGUGCAAGCGGAGCCUGCAGCUACCUUUUCACUUUGCCACGGGUGAAGCAGUCCUGUAUGAAAACAGUCCACCCGGGUUCCUGGACUACUUGCACACCAAGAAGGUUUCAAAGGCAAAGAGAGAGACCCCCCUGGAGCAGGGCUCAAUAGAUCCCAACUCGCUCCUAGGGGCCAUGAUGAACCAAGAUGAAUCCAUAUACGUCUCGCACGCCGAUAAUGUGCCACAGUUCUCCCUGGCAGAUAUUGUCGACGUACCGGAAGAGCCAUGGCUCGAUGAAGGAAAUAAGAGAGCUGUCAAAGAGAAUGACUCACUCCUAGUCGUCAUUGAAACACCCUUUGAAAAGAGCAAUGUGGAUGGUGACAUCUCUAAGACUCUGCAGAGCCAGGAAAUGGAUGACCUGGAAUUAAAGCAAUGGGAGGAGAUCUUGUGCAACAUGGACACCAAGAAGCCAGUGGCCCCGGGUUUCCAGGAGAAGCUGAAUGACAAGGUGACCUCCUGUGUGGAGGAGAUAUUGUUUAAAAAUGAUAAUGGAAAGAAUCUGGGGUUCCCACGGUAUGAUGUGACGGCUUCAUCUCAGGCCCUUAUUCAACAAAUUCCUCUGGAACAAAUUCCACAAAGCACUGAGCUAAACAGACUUCAAAACCAGCUUGUCAAUAAUAGGAAAUGCAAUCAGCAAAGCAAUCCUCUGGUGAAUUGUCACCAUUUCUGGGGGGCUAAUUCAGCAGCCGCUACACCAUGUGGAUUCCAAAAUCCAAUGUAUACUUCACAGCAAAAUUCACUAGACCAUGAUCCUCAGGGUCCUUUAGUCACCAAUAUGUCCCAGGAUAUCACUUCUAAACCAGAAAAGCAAGCACGUUUUGAUCAAGCAAAUUUGCUAAGUGGGAAUAUACUAAGUUCCUUGGGUUUCAAUAACCAGCGAACUACGGGAAUUAAUCUAACAAAUCCUGCACAGGUAUUUCAGCCAAAGGCUCCUGCUCCAGUUUCCUGGGGGAAUGUUAUUCCUAAAAAUCAGAUACAUCGGAGCUCAACUCUGCUUGACUCAAAUCAUCCAGCUUCAUUAAAAAUGAAUUCACAAGAGAGUCAGUGGCCAGACCCAUUGUUUUCAAUGAAUCCAGUCAUCACUUUCAAUCAGAAUAAUUCUCCAAGAGGUCGCUCGUUAGAUGUUUGGAAAUCUGCCACUCCAAAUCAGCUGGGAAUCAAACCAAUGGAGAUAGAGUCACCAACUCUACUGGCAAAUAACCAACUGAAUCUUUUUGGAUCACAAGUAACAAAUCCAUGGAUUUCCUCAUCACAGCCUGCUCAUAACAAUGAUCAGGGCAUGCAAGAAUUCAGCAUAAUGCAGGUGUCUCCAGUGCAAGCUCUACAGAAUGAAAUAUCUGGUUCUCUUGAGCAAAAAUCUAGUCCAUUAGAAGCUGGCCACCUGUCUGGAAACCAUUCCUUUCCCCAACAUACCUCUUCACAUGGACCUCACUUAGUGCCACAUUUUUACAAUAAAGAGCUUCAGAACAAACAGUUGUCAACACAGCAACAGCAGCUGAUGCAAGCAAGGAUGUAUCCUCAAGCUCAUUGCAGGCCAACUCAAAUUCAACACAAUGGAUUUCCACUGGCCACCUCCUUGGAGCCAAGUAGCUGGUGUCACGUUCGCUCCCGGGUGGGAAACCAGCAAAUGGACAAUAUUCUUGAAAGCUCAUUGAAGUCCUCAUCAUGUAGUAUGUUAUCUAGUGAUGUCAUGUUAGCUUCAUGGGAAUAUGAAAACAGUGGCUUAUCCUUUGAAAAUGAUGUUGCGUUUCCUAAAGCCGCUCAUGUGACAUCUCUUCCCCAGCAACAAAAUACCAUGCCCUGUCAUGGUGAGAGCAAUCCAAAAAUGUGUAACUUCCAAAGGCCUAAGGAACCCAUUCUGGGUUCCUCAGUGACUCCUCCCAUGGAAGCUGGGUUGAGGGGACCUUUCUACCAGUUGGAACCAAAUUUUCCUCCCGUGUCAUUAACAGAUAGGCAGAUGAAGAGUCAGCAACAGCUCUUCACUUACAAUAUUCAGCUCAAGCAGUGUCACCAAAACGAAGAGAAUGCCUCCAUGGAAUUUACUCCUACAAUUACUAAAGACAGUGUGUGUUUCCCCAAGUACUGAGAGGGAAUGUAGCAAUAGAGAAGGAAAAGACCCUGCUCCCAGCUAUGGACUGAUUUCAUGGCCUUGGAUCAGCAAGCCUUUUUUUCCCCUACUGAUGUGUGAAUAUUUCGAUAUUAUUAUAAUUGUUGCUGCUGGUGGCUUUUUCUAAGUGAACACACACACAUUCCUGAGACACUCUACUGUGGAUUCCACAGAGACGAACUUGAACACUCAUGCAUUUUCUACUGAAGAAACUAUGCCCCUCUCAACCAGUUGUCUUCUGCUCGAUCUUCUGAGCAGAGCCAAGGAGAAUUAAGCACCAAUAACUGGAUUAGGCACUAAAGUAACUGAGCCACCAUAAGCUUUAAAAAACUGGGAACAAGUAUUUGGAGUUUCCCAUGAAUUUUCCAGGUCAGGUAAUUAACAAGACAAAGGACACAGAUGUAAGAAAAAUGUCUGAGAUUUUGCAAUAGAAAUUCCGUAAGGCUGCUGUCCGAUCUCCUGCUUGAACACUAAGGCCCAGAGUUCUAAUUUAAGGGGGCGAAGAUAUGGUUGCAGUCUUUGCAAACAUUAUUUGUGCAUGUGCUCUUGUCCAUUGGGAAGUUGUGCGUGAUAUGAUCUGGAUAUGGAAUGGGGGCACUUCUAAAUCCAAGCAGCAUCUACCUCUCGAGUGACUGUACAUGACCAAAUGACUGAAAUCAACCCAAGGGUAUCAGUGCUAACAAAGAUGCCUGUAUGCCUUGUACUGACUUAUUUUACUUUUCAGGGGUUCUCAAACUUCAUUGCACCAUGACCCUCUUCUGACAACAAAAAUUACUAUAGAUCCUCAGGAAUGGGGACCAAAGCCUGAGGCCACCCGAGCCCCACUGCCCUGGGUGUGGGGGCCAAAGCCCAAGCCCCAAUGCUCCAGGUGGUGGUGGGGGGGGGGUCAAAGCUGAAGCCCAAGAGCUUCAGGCCAGGCGGGGCCUGUAACCUGAGCCCUGCCAGCCAGAGCUGAAGCCCUUGGGCUUUGGCUUCGGCCCGGGGCAGUGGGACUCAGGCUUCAGCCCCAGGCCCCAGCAAAUCUAAGCCAGCCCUGGCGACCCCAUUAAAAUGGGGUCGCGACCCACAGUUUGAGAACCACUGCUUUACAUGUAUUGGCCACACAGUUGUUUUCUCCACAUAAAUAUAGCCAAGGCGUAUGGUAACUUUUCUAUGUACUGUGCUGACUUGUUUAUCAAAAGCCAUGAGAGUCAAUAGAUAGGGUAUGCUGCAUAUUGUGUUACAUUAUAUUUUAUGCAAUGGCAAUGACUUUGGUCGAGUUGCACAAGAUGUAGUUCAGCCCAGAAUUUGGCUCAGCUCAUAUAUAAGGACACUGGGCCAGAUUCUCCUGGUUUCCCCCACGCAAGCCCAUUGAAAAGUAAAUAGGAGAAGGAUUUGGCCCAAUGUGGUAUUUGCUGGUGUGCGAUGUUCUAUACAGUGGCUGUCUGAUGCCAAAUCUCUGAACCUGAUUGGAAUAUAGUUGACUUAGAGCCAUUGCUCCAUGUGGCUGCUUCAAUGCCCUAUCUAGUCAUUGGGUAUAAAUAUAUAAUGUGUAAUGCUUUGAUGUGGCAUUAUCAAUGUAGGAAUGUGCCAUUGCCUGGCAACAAUCUUGUUUGUAUACUAAUAUGCGUUUUAUUUGUCUCUCCCUAUCUGCCUUCAGGAUACUUGAGCAUAUCGCCUUAACCCCUAUUUGAGCAUGCAGAGAAAAUACCAUAUUGAAAACUGUAUGCAUUUGUAACGUAUCCCUCUAGGAUUCCAGUUGAACUCAACCAGGUGAUUCAUACAGAGCAAUCUACAAUCAGGGAUUGAGUGCGUAUCUUUUUGAUCACUCAGCUCAGGAAGAUUUUACCCACUCCAAACUUAUUUUCAAUGACCCGCCAAGGGAGUUUUUUGUUUAUUCUCCCCUUGCCCUUUUCUAGUUAUGAAAUAUUGGAUCUUAAAGCCAGGUGUCACAUAGUUCAACAGUUUAUUUAUAUUUUUGUCAUGUCAUUGAUUAUCCAUUAUAUCAAAUUUCUGGACUUUCACAAAACUUUAUACAUUAGUGCCUCCACCAGGGUUCUGCCCCCGAGCAAAGUUAUCUGUGCCCCAGUACAUAUCUGUUGUCCUUUUUAUGGUCCCAGUUCACCAAACAAAUUACACGCAUGCUAAAGUUAAGCAUGUGUUUGACUGACCUCAGUACGACUGAAGCACCUAAUUAACUUCAGCAUGUGCUUAGCUCCAUCUCUCUUUAGAAAAGAACUUAAGUGCUUUGCUCAAUCAAGUCCUCUGUAUUGAAAUGGAGCCACAAAGACCCAACUACUGUCAGUUAAGUGGAAAAAAUAUUGGGAAGUUUUGUGUAUGUUUGGGCUGGUUGAAAAUUUUCUGUCAAACUGUUUUUUGAUGGAAAAUUGGGGUUUUGACAAAAUGCAGUUUUACAUUGGAAGUGUCUGCUUUCCAUGGAAAUUUUUGAUUUUUCAUUGAAUAACCAAAUGCCAAACAAAUUAAAAGUUUUCUGAUUUUGGCCAAAAAUUGAAAUAUUUUAUUCAGCAGUACCUUAUGGGAGUUGCAAUUUGGGUGACUCAUGUCCUCAUUCUCCUCUGUGGGCUGUGCCCCCAGCCAGACUUUAUUGCCCAUGAUGCACCAUGGCCAUGAGACUCCCAUGAUGUAUCCUGGGUGAUGUAGUCCAACUAGGGAGCGAGGCCUGUAGAGGAGAAUGGGAACACAAAGUACCAGAACUACAGUUCCCAGGAGACACCACUGUGGCAUUUCUAAAUGGAAAUAUUUGGGGAGUUGAUUUUUACACCAAAAAGUUGAAGUGUUUCAUAGGGAAAAAGCACUUUUUUCCAAUCAGCUCUAGUGCAUGUACAUUUAUUCAUCGAAAGCCCAGUGCUAGUAAUGCAAAGUCUACAUCAGCCUCACACAAUACUCCUGCUUUCUUUAGUACAGUAAUUUUAAAUGUUUCUGCCCUCAUUAUAAACAGAUAUCAAGAAGGCUUGGUUAAUGGUAUAGAAUGUCUGUGAUUUGAAUGAAUAAUUUAAAGCCUGAUCUUUCAGGUAUCAAUUCCCACUCAAGACAAUGACAACUUUGGGCCCUUAAUAAAGCCAAAACUAAAAAGAAAUAGGCAUCUGUAAUUUAGUUUGAUUUCAAAGGCCUACAGGGCCAAAGGGGUUUUCCAAUAAAAUGAAAGAUAUUGUGAACCACAAAAACUAAGCAGAGUUAAAAAAAAAAAAAAAAAAAGAUGCAGUUUUCCGUUAUAAUAAAGGUGCCUAUAAUCUGCAUCCGAAUAGUAGGCAGCACCAAGUGCAAGUUUUCAGCUGAAAAAGCAACUUUGAGUUUACUUACAGUUCCUAAAUUCAUCUUCUCCUUGGCAGAUCAAAGCUGUGUCAACGGUCUGACUCCCUCCCACCGCGGUGUGUGUGCCUACCUCCCUUUACUACUAAUAGAAUGACGUCGGCUUUGCCAAAGCACUCAGCGGUGGCCAAACUCUGCUCCUGUUGAAGCCAACAGGCGAAGAGUUACGGCAGUCCGGACUAUGGGGAUGUGCUUUGUAGCAUGCUGUAAAGUCUUGCCCUCUAACUGCCCCAGGUAGACCCUGCUGGUGCCAACUAAAAGAUACCUAGUUUGCAUUAACAUAGUUUCAUACUAAGCACUUCUUAAAACCCUUCCCUCCUUGUACACCCCAUGGCUUUGUCUAUACAUAAUAGUAGUGCCACCAACUAUGCCAGUCUAGUUAAAGUAAUACAAUGCCCCUACUGUGGGUGUAGUUAUACCGGUCUGAGCACAUUUAUAACUUCAUCAACAGCAGGGGUUGGGCUGGUGUAACUCAUUCAUAUAAAAAUCAGCCCCCUAGUUGACAUAAUUAUACUGAUACAAAAACUGUGUGGUGCAAACCUAAGAGAAGAAGAGAAUCCUAAAUUCUGUAGGAGUUGCAAUGAAGACAAUAGCUGUUUUAAUUAAAAGCUCUUUUCAUCACCCUUUUGCAGCACACAUGUGCAGUCAGAAAGAGACUGUACUGUUGAUCAGGGUUCAGAGAAGAGACUUUUCAGUGUAUCUAGUGCCUAGCUCUGUUACUUAUGACUUGCUCUCUAUAUAUUAUGUAUAUUCAUAUAUAAUGUUGGGUACACUUUGAUUAUUUUAUGCUUCAUGAUUACCUUGUAUGUUGUGAAUUUGGAGAAAAAAUUUACUUAAAGUGAACCUACUUUGUUAUACAUUAAAAUGCACUUUGCUUUUUA